CUCGUCUGUGUUUGCUUAGUUUCCAUAAUUGGGAAAAACGUGAUUUUUUCCGACAAGAAGGAGAUUAACACCACCACCGAAAACCCAAACAACAAGCAACAACCAAAUGACACACACUUGAGUUCAAACACCACCACACUCACCCAGAAACAAACACACAAAAACAGAAAAAAUCAUGACAGCACAAAGAGAGUUCAAAUUCAAAACACAGAAACAGAAGAUGAGACAGACAAUCGACACUCAAUAGCCCUCAUCCUCGUCCUCAUCCCCCUCAGCACUCUCUGCACCAACCUCCUCAUAAUCCUUCUCAAGCGCAGCCAAAUCCUCCCUGGCCUCCGAGAACUCCCCUUCCUCCAUGCCCUCACCCACGUACCAGUGCACAAAGGCCCUCUUCGCAUACAUCAGGUCAAACUUGUGGUCAAUCCUCGAGAACACCUCAGCAACACUGGUCGAGUUCGAUAUCAUGCACACGGCCCUCUGCACCUUUGCCAGGUCACCACCAGGGACCACAGUUGGUGGCUGGUAGUUGAUGCCGCACUUGAAUCCAGUCGGGCACCAGUCGACAAACUGAAUGGUGCGUUUGGUUUUGAUAGUGGCCACAGCUGCAUUAACAUCCUUUGGGACCACAUCACCUCUGUACAUGAGGCAGCAAGCCAUGUACUUUCCAUGUCGUGGGUCACAUUUCACCAUCAUGGACGAAGGCUCAAAGGCAGUGUUGGCCUUCUCAGCCGAGAUUACAGGAGCAUAAGACGAGAGCAUGAAGUGAAUUCUCGGGUACGGGACAAGGUUCGUCUGGAACUCGUUCACGUCCACAUUCAGGGCGCCGUCCACAAACACUGCACGAGGAACGUGUUUUCCAGCACCAGUUUCGCUGAAGAAAGUGUUGAAGGCAUCAUCACCGCCACCAACUGUGGUAUCACUGGGCAUUUGUCCAUCAGGCUG